CGACCAACUAACGACUACAUAAGAUAUCCUUGCGUACAUGCGAAUAAGUUGCAAACAUGUUCGAGUAUAAACAUCUCUCGGCCGACCCAUAGAACUCGACCACCUCGGAAAGAACUUAUUAUACUGAAGUGAGCAUCGUUUUCUAGAUCCCCCAAAAUGGCAACCAAGAUUGACCUACACGCCAUUAAAUCCCGUUCCUGGACGACACAAACAACCCACACCCUCCAGCAGAUGAUAUCCUACAACCUAGCCCUCGGAGCCUCGGGAACCUGUCUACCUUUAGUCUUCGAAUCCUCGCCCUCCUUUCAUGCGCUCCCAACAUUCGGCACCGUCCCCACUAUCGCCGUCAUGGGAAAGGUUCAUGCCGCCAUGGGCGACUUCCUGCCUGGAUUCAAGGGGCACAAUCAUGUGCAUGGGGAGCAUUUCUUAAAGCUUAUUAGACCGUAUCCAGUUCCGAAGGGAGGAGCCGAGGGUAAAGUGACAUUGACGACUACGGCGAGAGUCGUCGAUGUUGGGAAGAGAGGGAAUGGGGUCUUGGUCUGUGUAGAGAUCUUAACAACGUGUGGGGAGUCGGGCGUUCUAAUAUGCGAGAAUGAAUGGUCGGGAUUCGUCAUGCACGUUCCAUCUGACGGUGCAAACACCGGGCUUAUGGAUCGCGGUCCGAGGACGAGGUUGUACAAUACGCCCAGCAGGAAGCCGGAUCGUGUAUUGUCGCAUCGGACUAGCCCUGAACAGGCUGCGUUGUACCGGGCGGCAUCUGGAGACCUGAACCCAUUGCAUAUUGAUCCGGACACGGCAAAGACGGCUGGAUUUCCGGCACCCUUGCUAACAGGGACCUGUACGCUGGGAAUUGGAGUGCGACAUGUUGUUGAGGCUUUUGCUGGUGGGAAUGCGGAUAGAUUCAGCAGUGUAAAGUGCAGACUGAGUAAGCCUGUCUUCGCAGCAUUGCGAGACGAGUUAUUCACAGAGAUGUGGAAAGAGGAAGGUGGUAAAAUACUAUUCAGAAUAGUUGUUAAAGAAGAGCCAGGCAAGGAGAGAGUGGUAAUCAGCCAAGGAUGCAUUUUGUUGCACGAUGAUCAAGUAUCAAAACUAUAA